AUGUUUCACAUUAAUAAAAAGAAAAUCUUACUUUAUUGUGGAAUUAUUGGGAUCAUACUGUUGUUUUUAUACCCGAAUAAUAUAUCUAAAGAGAAGUAUGAUUACAUAACAAAGGAAAACAUUUUAUACAGCCUACAUGAAAAACUUACUGAGAAUUUUACUAGCAAUGCUAUAACUGCUUGCGACUAUUACGAUAUAGUUAACGACGAUACAUCUCUCUCGAUCAGUCUGGUUGAUGGUGACUUAGAAGAAGGACAUAAAAUAAAAGAGGGUGGAGAAUAUGCUCCCUCUGAAUGUAAACCAAAGUUUAGUACUGCAAUAAUCGUUCCAUACAGAGACAGAGCAGAGCAAUUGCGAGGGUUUUUAGUGUACAUGCAUUCAUUUCUACAUAGGCAAUAUAUACACUAUCGCAUUUAUGUAGUAGAGCAGGUGGACACACAUCCAUUUAACCGAGCAAAGCUGUUAAAUAUUGGUGCUAUUGCUGCAAUUAAGGCGGGAUACCCUUGUUUGAUCUUACAUGAUGUAGAUUUACUCCCAGAGAAAACUGCAAACAUCUAUACAUGUUUGACUUCACCUAGGCACAUGUCUUCAAAUAUAAAUAGACCCAGAUUUGCGUUGCCAUAUUCCAAUGUAUUUGGAGGUGUUAUAUCUAUACUCUCUAAGCAAUACAAAGCAAUUAAUGGUAUGAGCAAUACUUACUAUGGCAUAACUGGUGACAAUGAAGACCUUCUGGCAAGAGUUCAAGCUACAGAUCUAAAAUUGUGUAGAUUUGAUCCUUCCAUUAGCCAGUAUCACAUGACUACUAAUGACUUCAUCUCGGAAAUAAAACCAGGUAAAAAAGAUGAAGAGUAUUCAAAGCAAAGAAUGUCCAAAGACGGUUUGAAUUCAUUAGAAUUCACAGAAGUAGCAACUGUACUCCAUCCAUUAUUUACCCAUAUCAUGGUUGACUUGUAA